AUGGCUGCUGAAAAUGAGACUGUGGUGACUGAGUUCAUCUUGAUUGGAUUAUCCGAAUACCCCAGAGUUCAGGCUGUAUUCUUUUGGUUCCUCUUGAUUGCCUACCUCAUUAGUGUGCUUGGGAAUGGACUUAUUAUCCUGCUGAGUAUAAAGGAUCCUGACCUUCAUACUCCCAUGUAUUGCUUUCUUUGUGUCCUCUCAUCACUCGACCUUAUCCUUACUAACAAUGCACUUCCAAAUAUCUUGGUCAACUGCUUCAUUUACAUGCCCACAAUUUCCUUCUCCAGAUGCCUGCUGCAGAUGUACAUUGGUUUGUUAGUUGUCGCAACAGAAUGCAUCAUCCUGGCCAUCAUGGCAUAUGACCGCUUGGUGGCUAUAUGCCAACCCUUAUACUACAUGCAGAUCAUGAGCUGGAGAGUUUGCAUAGCCCUGGUGGCUGUCUCUGUAACACUUUGCUUCCUCAACACCGUAGCCACAGUCCUGUUGCAACCUAGGGACUUCUGUGGCCGACACAUCAUCAACCAUUUUGCAUGUGAGUUACAGUCAUUCCUCAAAUUGGCUUGCUCAGAUACACAUAUCAGUGAGUUAUUUAUGCAAAUUUCCAGCCUUUUUCUCCUAAUACCACCCUUUGGUUUCAUAGUUGUGACAUAUGGGCGCAUAGCCCUGGCUGUACUGCGCAUCCGUUCAGCACAGGGCCGCAAGAAAGCCUUUUCCACCUGCAGCUCUCACCUUGUUGUCGUCAGUGUCUUCUAUGGCACAAUCAUGAUCAUGUACUUGAGGCCACAAGGGAAAUCAGUUUCUGAAAAGGACAAGCUCAUAUCUCUAAUGUAUGGAGUUUUGACACCUAUGCUCAACCCUUUGAUCUACAGCCUGAGAAACAAGGAUGUGAAGGGUGCCUUUUGGAAACUGGUUGGAAGGAAAAUAUCAGAAUAAGUAUCAAAACAUGAUGAUAAGGCCAUAGCUUUCAAUUACUUUUAUUAGCAUAGGUGUGAUCUGAAGAUACUCGAGGGAAAAUGAUGUCCUUCACCCAUAUUUUUUUGAUAAUGACAUUUAACCAGCCCUGUUCCAUUAUAGCUCUCAGUUCUGUUAACCAGUUUCCCUCCCAGAGAUUCAUGUCCCCUAGAAGUGUCCCCCCCCAUCGACAUCCAGAAUUGAAGGAAACUGCAGCAAGAGGUGACAGCUCUGGACUUGACUUAAUUUGAAACCUUUUCCAAAUCAUAUAAAUGUUUGGAGUGACAGAGUUUCAUUUUAAAAACUGUAUGUUCUCUCCUAUUUUUAUGGCAUAGGGAUUUUUUUAUCUCAG